AAAUCAACCACGUGAUGAGGAAUAUAGGCAUGCAUCAUUGUUAAGAGAUAACAUUGCAUUCGAAAUGUGGAAUGUGUAUCAAUCAUUAUAGGUUACAUAAUGCCGAAUAAGGGAAAUAAAACAGCAGAAACCAAUCAACCUUCGAAAGACAACUUAAGAUGGUCUGAUGAUAUGGAUGAAGUUUUGCUAAAUGCAUUAGCAGACGAAGCAUCGAAAGGUAAUAGGCAUGAUGGCUUGUGGACAACUGAAGCAUAUGCCAAUGUUGUCAAGACUUUGAGCAUAUCAAUAGGCCCUCACAUAACAAAGAAUCACAUAAAGAAUAGAAUGAAGACAUUGAAAGAUCAUUUUGCUGAGGCAUAUGACUUAUUUCAUCACUUAAGUGGAUUUGCAUGGAAUCCUGUAACUAGAAAGUUUGAAGCUGAAGAGGAAGUGUGGCAAGACUUCAUUAAGGAGAAACCACAAGCAGAAAAAUGGAGAAAUAUGCAAAUUAAGCAUUAUGAUACUUUGAAGGAGUUGUUCGGAGCUGAUAGAGUUACUGGUAAAGGGGCUGCUACGUCACGAGAAAGGAUUCAAGAAAUUGAUAGAGAUCACAUUGAUUUGAAUGACUCAUUUGAAAAUAUUGGAUUUUCUGACAUAGAUGUUAAUAGGGAACAUGAUACCCCAACGUUUUUUGCUAAUUUAGAUUCACCAAGUGCUCCUCAUAGUUAACCAAAUCAAUUAGGU